AUGGCUUUAAAGAUCAAUUCUGCUAUUGCCGUGUGCGGCGGUAAAUUGUUGAAGUUGUCUCACUUUUCAUCAUGUACAGGAACAGACAUGGAUGUUAAUUUGUAUUUGCCAAAACAAUAUUACACUAGCAUUGACGACUCAAAACUGAUUCCUAGUGUCUUGUAUUUAUCUGGUUUAACGUGUACACCUCAAAAUGCUUCGGAGAAAGCUUUCUGGCAGAUUCAGGCUGAUAAGUUCGGCUUUGCAGUUAUUUUCCCAGACACAUCUCCAAGAGGAGACGGUGUAGCUACAGACCCUGAGGGUUCAUGGGAUUUCGGUCUUGGUGCUGGCUUCUACGUCAAUGCUACUGAACAACCAUACUCCUCUCAUUAUAAAAUGUAUGACUAUGUUCACAAAGAACUUCCGGAAGUUCUGGCUGAAGAAUUUGGUUCCAAAGUUGAUUUCUUCAAGAAUAUCUCAAUUACGGGACACUCCAUGGGCGGUUUCGGUGCCCUAUCGGGAUAUUUGAAGAAUAUCAACAGAUAUAAGUCUUGUUCUGCCUUUGCUCCAAUCGUGAACCCUAGUGCUGUUCCUUGGGGUCAAAAGGCUUUUACGGGGUAUUUAGGUUCUUCCAAUAAAGAAGCUUGGGAUGGAUACGACCCAACAAAAUUGAUAAAACAUGUCGAGAAUCUCAAUGGAAAUAAGAUUUUAAUUCAUGUGGGCUCCAACGAUCCAUUUUUAGAAAAGCACUUGAGGCCUCAUUUGCUUCAAGAAGCAGCCAAGGGUACUUUUUGGGAAGGGAAAAUUGAAGUAAACUUUGAAGAUGGUUUCGAUCAUUCUUACUACUUCAUAUCCACGUUUGUUCCUCAACAUGCUGAGUUCCAUGCUAAGCAUUUGGGUUUGAUUUGA